GGUCAUUGUACCAAAGUCCGGCCAGUGGUCGAUACCUAUCUCAGGUGUUCAUUAUCAGAGCUGCGAUAGCUUCCCUCUGACCACGGCCAGUUCAAUAUCUCUUUACUAUUCCAAAGUCACAAUGGCCGACCAAGGCACGGUGCGGUCCAUAGAUGACGAAGAACUUGACGGCAACUCUCCCUAUGACCGGUACAUGGAGGACUCUGAGUCUGAGUCUGAUUCUGAAGAAGAAUACCCAGAGUCUGAAGAGGUCCGGAAGAUCGAUGAUUUCCUCGCCCCCCUUAUCCUGGAUGAGGCCAAGCUGUACAGCUUGGCGCGCCGUUUCUCGGAAGUGUACCAACACCUUGCUCGAACAUCUGAUCAGCAAUUCCUUCCGACGCCAGUGACCCGCCUCCCCACUGGCCAAGAAACUGGUCGCUACCUAGCCAUUGAUGUCGGCGGCAGUAAUCUUAGAGUCGCUUUCAUCGAGCUGCUGGGAGAAGCUGCUGAUUUCGAUGUACGGUCUACAGGGUCAUCUGACAAAUCACGUGAUACUAUUCGCAAAGCCCAAAGGCAGCGUGUGAAACGAACCUCAGAGAAAGCGUGGCCAAUUGGCGAGCAUUUGAAGAUGGACAAGGCUGAUGAUCUCUUUGCGUGGAUCGGGGACUGUAUUGCUGAAGUGGUAGCGGACAACUUGACUUCGGAUGCUACUAAAGGGGACAUCCCUGCGGAGCUGGAAAUGGGUAUCACUUUCAGCUUCCCUAUCAUGCAAGAGUCUCUGGCAGAAGCAACAUUGAUGCCUAUGGGUAAAGGCUUUGCAAUCACGUCUGAUCUGAAUCUCCGCAAAAUACUUCUUGCAGGAUAUGAGAAGCACACAAGGCGCCCAGACGAGGAUGAUAUGCCAUCUUCCAAGCGUCGGAAGCUCUUUGCGCUGCCGAAGCUAAAGAUAACUGCUAUUACUAACGAUACCGUUGCCACGCUUGCCUCGCUGGCAUACUCAGUCAAAUCUUUGCCGAACAGUCGAGUGGCCAUGGGUAUCAUUGUCGGAACCGGCUGUAAUGCCACAAUCCCAAUGAAACUCACUGACCUGCAUGAUUCUAAAGCUAACCACGUAAAGUCCAAGGAUGCAAACGCGACGCAGACAGUGGUCAAUACGGAAUGGACCAUUGGCGGAGCUGCAGGGCCCCUGAAGGAGUUGGAAAUCACAACGAAGUGGGACAUAGAACUUGACAAGAACUGCGCUCGUCCGGGUUUCCAGCCUUUCGAAUACAUGACCGGAGGGAGAUACGUGGGUGAACUAAUCCGACUAGUCCUUUUCGACUACUUGACAGAAGUGGAGGGACUAUCCAGGAAAGAACUUCCUGCAAACCUUGUCCAAGACUAUGCGUUAACCACCACCUACAUUGCUCAGAAAGUCGCACGCUCUCGAUCCGACGAAGCGCUUGCGGAGGAAUUGCGCCGCUCUCUCCCCCCUCCAGAGUCCAGUGAGUGGAACUGGGAUGAGAACUCGGCAGGCGCAUUCCGCAAAAUUGCCAGGGCCGUGCAGACAAGGUCUGCUGGGCUUAUCGCAGCAGCUGUGGUCGGAUUACUUGCAUGUACUCGUGAAAUCGAACUGAAGGUUGACAGCAACGCCAACUCACCCAUGCCGAACGGUAGUCCCAAUUUGCCUGGCGGAUCAACGGAAGGGGCUCCAACCUCAUCCUUGGCAGCAGAGACUACGAACCAGGCCACAAGCGCAAUUGGACCGAUCGUUCCUGUUCUCUCCCCUGCGCCUCUCGACUGGCGUUCUGGCCCUGAGGAGUUGGUUGUGGCCUACACCGGUGGUAUCAUACAGAAUUACCCCAAUUUCAAGGAGACGUGUCAGCAGUACAUUGAUAGGCUCAUCAUAAGAACGGGUCCCCAGAGAGGAGGUAAAUCUGUCUUCCUGAGAGAAGCCUCGGACGGUGGCAUAAUCGGUGCAGGGGUGCUAGCUGGUAUGGUCGCCUCUGUUUAAGUCUAAAAUCAGAUUGGUGUGAUUACGGUUCAUCCGCUGUGCGGUUCAGUUUUGAAAACGACAAGAUAGGCGAGUUGAUUGCAGAAGAAGCUGGAUAACCCCCUUCCCUAUCAUUGCGCGAGUCUCUUCAUUCGAGAUCAAUGCGAUAUCGAUUAUAUCAGGCGCACUGGCUGACAAUCAUAAAUGUCUGUCAUCUAUUAUUCUUCCACUGCAUGGCGUUCUGGUAACAUGGAAUUCGAUACCACUAACUGCAUGUGAGCUUUGUUCUUUUUCCCCCUCAUCUUACAUGGCAUCAGAAGUGGAUUCGAGGCUUGCUUAAGCCCUCUCCUUCGCCAGCAUUGCACCUGAAAAGAAACCCCCAGAAAACAAAACACCUGAAACUGUUUUACAUGUACUAGUCAAGAGCAUUUUGUGCUUGGAUGAGUCUGAUUUCUUAUCAUUAUUCCUUGGCUGUGAUGAGUUAUCGUACAACUGUGAAACGCGGGCUAUGAAUA